AUGGCAGCAGCCGACGGUGAUGGGGGUCUGCAGCUGCAGCAAGAGAUAGCAGCUGUUUUUGCUUCGGCCAGCAGCAGCAGCAACGUAGUGCAGCAGCAAGUUACUGCUGCGCUGCAGCGUAUAAAUGAGCUUCCAAAUGUAUAUAUUCAUUAUGCAGCAAUCUUAGGGAGCUCGGCAUACACCCCAGAAGUACGGCAGCUGUCUGGUCUUAGCCUUAAAGCCUCGCUGCAGCGGCAGCAGCAGCAGCAGCUGCAGCAGCAAGAGCUGCAGCAGCUGCUGCCUCCGCUGCUGCUUGCCCUCCAGGAUGAGGCGAGGCCUCUACGUGCUGCUGCUGGAUCUGCUGUUGCUGCUUUAGUCUGCUGCCAGCAGCUGCAGCAGCAGCAGCUACACGAGCUGCUGCAGCAGCUGCUGCUGAUGCUGGACUCUCCUCAGUUUCACGUAGCAGAAGCAGCACUAGCUACUCUAUCGAAGGUAACCGAGGAUUUGCUGCAGGGGGUGCGGCUGCAGCAACUGCAGCAGCAGCAGCAACAGCAGCAGCAACACCAGCAGCUGCUGCUUUUCAUUCCCUGGGCGCAGCAGCAGCUGCUGCCGCGUUUGCUGCAGGAGGCUAACCCAACAGCAGCAGAUGCAGCAGCAGCAGGCUCAUCAUCUUCUUCCUCAGCAGGAGGAGCAGCAGCAGCAGCAGGAGGAGCUGGUUGUGUACGUACACCAGAGCAGCAGCAGCAGCAGCAGCAGCAGGCGCUGCACACUCUGAAUAUAAUAUCUGCAGCACAAGGCUUCAGCAGCGGGUCUCCGUUUGCUGCUUUCUUCAGCUCAUACUGGAGUGUACUCGGAUCUCUAGCAGCAGCAGCAAAUGCAGCAAUUAAAAGAAGUGUUGUUAUCGGUGUUAUUCAGACCCUAGACAGCAACGCUAAACUUGUGCUGCAGGCAGCAGGUGCUCUCUCUGAUUUCUUCAUCAGCUGCUUGCAGACAGACAAUUAUCAACUCAAGCAAGAUGCUCUAGAGUUCUGGCCGGUUAUACUGAGGGAGGCUUCUAACUGCCCACCAGAGGAGCAGCAGCACGUGCUGCAGCAGCUGCAGCAGCGGCUGCCGCAGAUAAUUCCACUUCUAGUAGCAAACACUGUCUACACAGAGACAGACUUCCUCAGCAUGGAUUCUUCGCAGCUGGAAGAAGAUAAUGCAGCAACAGCAGAUGAAGCUCACGACUUAGCGCCUCGAUUUGCUCGCAGCAAAGACCCAGCAGGAGCAGCAGGAGGCGGUGACAGUGCAGCAGCAGCAGCAGCAGAUGAAGAUGAAGACGAAGAAGGAGCAGCAAGAGGUGCCUGGGGGGACAGCUGGACUGUACGUAAAGGCAGUGCUCUUGCAUUAGAUACAUUUGCUGCUGUUUUCCGAGAGGAGGUGCUGCCCUUUGUCUUGCCUCUAAUAGAGCAGGGUCUGCAGCAGCAGCAGCAGCAGCAGCAGCAGCAGCAGGAAGACGAAGAUGCGUGGUUGAGACAAGAAGCAGCAGUACUCUCUCUCGGGGCUGUUGCUGCUGGCUGUCAGGAGGCGCUGCAGCCUCAUCUACACUGCGUGCUGCUCUACUUGCUGCAGCUCUCUUCACACCCUAAGAAAGAGCAUGAGCAGCAGCAGCAGCAGCAGCAGCAGCAGCAGCAGCAGCAAGAACAGCAGCAGCAGCAGCAGCAACAGCAACCACAACAGCA